CCCACACUGCUGCACCGCCCCUGAACGCCACACACCCGUGGACCCAAAACAAGUCGGCGAGUCGUUUCCAGCUUUCCAUGUGAAAUAAAAAACAACUCCAAUAGGAUUACACCAUGAGUGUGACGAGUCUCUGCGGCGCCUUGCUGCUCUUCCUGGUCCUUCCCAGAGGCUGCCAGGGAGGCAAUAUCCUGGUCUUUCCCACCGAGGGCAGUCAUUGGGUAAACAUGGACAUUUUGAUCCGAGAGCUGCACUCCCGAGGGCACAAUGUGACCAUAGUGCGUCCCAGCAAGACGUGGUACAUCAAGGACAACGCCUCCUAUUACCACACCGUCUCCGUUCCCGUGGAGAAGAGCUUGAGCAAAGAGUUCAUCACCAGUUUGGUUUUUGAGAUUAUCGAGUUUGAGAGGGGGUCUCUGCCCUUGGUGACUUUUCUCCAUCUAAGCAUCGGGAUGGUCGGAAUGUUCCUGGAAGCUCAUAAUACAGUGGGUGAAUUUACGACGGCGAUAUUUGAAGAUAGGGACCUAAUGAAGAGAUUAAACGACAGUAAGUUUGACUUGCUUCUCACUGACCCCUGCUGGGGAGGAGGUGUCAUUGUCGCUAAAUAUUUGAACCUUCCGCUGGUGUACAAUGUCCGAUGGAUAAUUGCUACCGAAGGUCAUGUCGCCAUCGCUCCUUCGCCUUUGUCUUACAUUCCUAUAACAGGAACAGGCAACACGAACAAGAUGAGCUUUUUUCAAAGAGUCAAAAACGUUAUUGUAUUUUUAGUAGGCUACGCACAACAUAACUUAGUGAUUAAAAACAUAUACCAGAAAAUAUGCGAUAAAUAUAUGGGGCCCGGUAACGACAUGGAUCAUUUACUAAUGUCUGCCGAUUUGUGGCUUAUGAGAGCCGACUUUGUCUUUGAGUAUCCUCGCCCCACCAUGCCCAACGUCAUCUACAUGGGAGGCUUCCAGUGCAAACCCGCCGAGCCUCUACCCGACCACUUGGAGGAGUUCAUGCAAAGUUCUGGAGAGCAUGGCGUCAUCAUGAUGUCUCUGGGUACAUUUGUGGAUGAACUACCUGCCGACUUAACCGUCGACAUAGCGGCGGCUUUUGCAGAGCUACCUCAGAAGGUCAUUUGGCGGUAUAAAGGUGCUACGCCUUCCACUUUGGGGAACAAUACUCUUCUGGUGGACUGGUUCCCACAGAAAGACCUACUCGGACAUCCGAAAAUGAAACUUUUUGUUGCUCACGGUGGUACAAACGGCGUCCAGGAAGCUAUUUAUCACGGAGUGCCGGUUGUGGGAAUCCCGUUGUUUUUCGACCAGUACGACAACUUACUGCGUCUUUCAGACAGAGGGGCGGCCAUUAUAGUCCAGUUGGCAUCACUGAAUAAAGACAGUUUCCUGAAGGCCGUGCAGGAAGUUCUGGUGAAUCCGUCCUACAGGAUAAAUAUUCAGAGACUCUCUCGGCUGCACAGAGAUCAGCCCAUCGCACCGCUUGACAACGCUAUCUUCUGGAUCGAGUUUGUGAUGAGACACAAAGGUGCGGCUCACCUAAGGAGUGAGUCCUACAAGUUACCUUGGUACAUUUACUAUUCUGUGGAUGUUUGUUUGUUCCUGGCUUUAGUUAGCUUAGCUGGGUCCGUUAUGUUUUUCUUCACUAUCAAGUGUCUGUGCUCUGCUUUGUGUCGGAAGAAAGUCAAACUCGAGUAGUCAGUCUGGAGGUACAGGAAGUGUUUUUAAAACUUUGCAUACACUGGAAAAUCAUUGUGUUGCUCCAUCGUUCAUGCCACAUUUUCAAAUAGGGGUCGUUUGAAGGCCAUGCUAACCACAUUGUGUGUUUAUUUACAUUUUUUUAAAAGUACAUCCAAGAUAAAAUCUAUAUUUUUGGUUAAUUGACAUAACUAGUAGAUAGCAAUAAAUAUUAUGUAUUUCUUAGCUUAGCUUGAUACUUUGGUUGUUUGAUGGACGACCUGUCAUGUACUGUAUUUUGCAUAGCAUUCAUUCAUUCAUUCAUUUUCACGAGGGUCGCAGGGGUUGCUGGAGCCUAUCCCAGUCGUCUUCAGGCAGGAUACACCCUGGACUGGUGGCCAGCCAAUCACAGGGCACAUAUAGACAAACAACCAUUCACACUCACAUUCAUACCUAUGGACAUACCUAUGGAGUCGCCAAUUAACCUAUUAUUAUUAUAAUUAUUAUUGUUAUUAUUAUUAUUAUUUACUAAUUUUGCUUUGCAACUAACAUAUCAUAUAUAAUGUACAUAAUACACUAUAAUAAAAUACAACCAUACAGUAAUCCUGCCAUCUUUUCAUAGUUGGAGCAUAGAAAACAUGUUUCUGAUCUUCUAAAUAUGGCUUUUAACAUUAUUAGAGCCCUCUAGACAUGAAAUAACACCCCUAUAAUCACAUUUACAUUUGUAUUACUCCAAAUAAUAGAUAUUCAUUCAUUCAUUUUCUACCGCUUUUCCUCACGGGGGUUGCUGGAGCCUAUCCCAGCUGUCUUCAGGCGGGGUACACCCCGGACUGGUGGCCAGCCAAUCACAGGGCACAUACAGACAAACAACCAUUCACACUCACAUUCAUACCUAUGGACAAUUUGGAGUCGCCAAUUAACCUAUUAUUAUUAUUAUUAUUAUUAUUGUUAUUAUUAUUUACUAAUUUUGCUUUGCAACUAACAUGUCAUACGUAUAUAAUGUACAUAAUACACUAUAAUAAAAUACAACUAUACAGUAAUCCCGCCAUCUUUUCAUAGUUGGAGCAUAGAAAACGUGUUUCUGAUCUUCUAAAUGUGGCUUUUAACAUUAUUAGAGCCCUCUAGACAUGAAAUAACACCCCUAUAAUCACCUUUACAUUUGUAUUACUCCAAAUAAUAGAUAUUCAUUCAUGCAUUUUCUACCGCUUUUUCUCACGAGGGUCACAGGUGUUGCUGGAGCCUAUCCCAGUCGUCUUCAGGCGGGGUACACCCCGGACUGGUGGCCAGCCAAUCACAGGGCACAUAUAGACAAACAACCAUUCACACUCACAUUCAUACCUAUGGACAAUUUGGAGUCGCCAAUUAACCUGUUAUUAUUAUUAUAAUAAUUAUUGUUGUUAUUAUUUACUAAUUUUGCUUUGCAACUAACUCCAGCACCCCCAGCAACCCUUGUGAGGAUAAGCGGUAGAAAAUGAAUGAAUGAUUGUGAAAAAAAUCUGAUACCGAUAUCACAUUUUUAUACCGAUAUCUUGCCGAUAAUUAUCGGACAUGCCUUUUUUUUAAUAUACUUAUUAGUUUUCAUUAAUUAACAGAAAAACAUUUGUUCUUCUUUUUGAUCUGCAUAUGAAGUACAUGCAGUGUUUCCUUGUUCAGGUGGAAAUUUUGAUCCACUUUUUCAUGACUGAUCACCUCAUUCAUUCAUUUACCGGAGCAUAAAUACAUAGAAUGCAUUUGACUAUGGAAGAACGGCAGCGACAAGCACCUUCCAGCUCAUGCAUGCUGGACCUCUGAUAUGUGUUGGAUUAGUUAAUGAUUAGAAUUAUUAUUUAAUUAAUUAUUGUUAUUAUUAUUAUUAUUUACUAAUUUUGCUUUGCAACUAACAUGUCAUAUAUAAUGUACAUAAUACACUAUAAUAAAAUACAACUAUACAGUAAUCCCGCCAUCUUUUCAUAGUUGGAGCAUAGAAAACAUGUUUCUGAUCUUCUAAAUAUGGCUUUUAACAUUAUUGGAGCCCUCUAGACAUGAAAUAACACCCCUAUAAUCACCUUUACAUUUGUAUUACUCCAAAUAAUAGAUAUUCAUUCAUUCAUUUUCUACCGCUUUUUCCUCACGAGGGUCACGGGGGUUGCUGGAGCCUAUCCCAGUCGUCUUCAGGCAGGAUACACCCUGGACUGGUGGCCAGCCAAUCACAGGGCACAUAUAGACAAACAACCAUUCACACUCACAUUCAUUUCAGGACAAUUUGGAGUCGCCAAUUAACCUAUUAUUAUUAUAAUAAUUAUUGUUAUUAUUAUUAUUAUUUACUAAUUUUGCUUUGCAACUAACAUGUCAUAUAUAAUGUACAUAAUACAUUAUAAUAAAAUACAACUAUACAGUAAUCCCGCCAUCUUUUCAUAGUUGGAGCAUAGAAAACAUGUUUCUGAUCUUCUAAAUAUGGCUUUUAACAUUAUAUGAGCCCUCUAGACAUGAAAUAACACCCCUAUAAUCAUCUUUACAUUUGUUCAUUCAUUCAUUUUCUACCGCUUUUUCCUCAAAACGUGAUGUCACACUUACAUUAAAGACGGAUGAGAUGCUUGGAUGAGAGGAACAAUGACGACCUCAACAGUCCAGUUGUUAUUGAUUGAAUGCACUGAGAAUACAAUGACCUGUAUGAAUGAAAAUUCAUGAAUGCAUUAAUUAAAGACAUUACAUGGGUUCUAAAUGUGUAAUAAAUGUUGUCUUGUAUUCUGGUCGACUCAUUUUUGGACUCCAUCUGAAAUACCAGCGUAAAAAGCUGAAGACUAGAAUAAACAAAAACAAGUAUUAGCUCCCACUAAGCAGCCCAGUCUCUACAAUAAAGAGCAUUGUUCUUUAUGGAGUGAAUACAGGGUGGGUCAAGCAAAGCCAGGAAAUGUCUGAAAUCCCACUGGGGAAUUUUUUUUGCUCUCUCGCCCUCACAUACACAGGAACAUAAGCUUUGCUUUGAAUCUCAUUCAUCUAACAGGAAGCUUUAUUGACGGGAAAAAGUAGUAGCAUUGAAUUAAUCAAGCUUGGAUUUUAUUUAAAGCUCUUGAAUUGUUCUAGGAUGGCGUUUAAUGCUAUGAAAUAACCCCUUGCCAAGAUUCAAAACCAUAUUUCUUGAUAAUCUGUUCGAUAAUUUCCGGAGUUUUAAUGGUUAUUUACUCAUUAUUGCAUUCCAUUCUCCGCUUAUCUGAGUCCCGAAUCCCAAGAGUUUUUGUCCUACUUGGAAGAUUAAUUUUGAGUUAUUUUCAAGAGCAGUGAGUUUUAUUCAUUUUGCAUUAAUAUGUAAUUUAAUUUUCAUUUUUUUCUAAUUAAUUCAUUUUUAAUUUUAAUUUUUAGUUAAAUUAUUAUUUUUUUUUUUUUUUCAGUUUAAGUUCCUGCUUAUUUUUAGAUAUGUCUUCAAUGUAAGAUUUUCGGUCCUGUCGGUCAUUUGUAGUAAAGUCUUACCAAGUAAAAUAUACUUGCUGCAUGGACAGAUUUUUUUUUUUUAUUCUUUC